AUGUUGGAACUCCGUCUGGUACAAGGUUCUCUUCUGAAGAAGGUCCUUGAAUCCAUCAAGGAGCUCGUCACCGAUGCUAACUUCGAUUGCUCGUCAACCGGUUUCUCCCUUCAGGCCAUGGAUUCCAGCCAUGUGGCCCUUGUUGCACUUCUCCUCCGAUCCGAGGGUUUCGAGCACUAUCGCUGUGACCGCAACAUGUCCAUGGGCAUGAACCUCAACAACAUGGCUAAGAUGUUAAAAUGUGCUGGCAACGAUGACAUCAUCACCAUUAAAGCCGAUGAUGGUGGUGACACCGUCACUUUCAUGUUCGAAAGUCCCACUCAAGAUAAAAUUUCUGAUUUUGAGAUGAAGCUCAUGGAUAUUGAUAGUGAGCAUCUUGGGAUACCGGAGGCAGAGUAUCAUGCCAUUGUGAAAAUGCCAUCUUCUGAGUUUGCAAGGAUCUGCAGGGAUCUCAGCAGCAUUGGGGAUACUGUUGUCAUCUCGGUCACCAAGGAGGGUGUGAAGUUUUCCACCAAAGGAGAUAUUGGAUCUGCAAACAUAGUUUGCAGGCAAAAUACUUCUGUGGAUAAGCCUGAAGAAGCCACUGUUAUUGACAUGAAUGAGCCAGUGUCAUUGACAUUUGCAUUGCGUUAUAUGAACUCUUUUACAAAGGCAACACCUUUGUCCAACACAGUUUCCAUUAGUUUGUCAAAUGAGCUGCCAGUUGUUGUUGAAUACAAGAUUGCUGAGAUGGGUUAUGUCCGGUUCUAUUUGGCUCCCAAGAUAGAAGAGGAUGAAGAAGAGAAACCUCAAGCUUAAUCUCUUUUAUGUUGGGUUAGGAGAUUAGGAUUUUUCAUUCAGUUGAACUCUGUAGUUUUCUGAAUACAUUUCUUUUGAAGACACCUAAACUGUGAGCAGUGAAUUUAGGAUUCAAGUAUUUUACGUCUAUUGUUGCCAUCAGGAGGCUUUAUUUUGCCUAGAAUUUGUUGUUCAGAACAAUGUGAAAGUAUAACAAUUAGCUAUGCAAAUUUUCCCGCUGAUGUAUUUUAGUGUAUGGGAGCUGUUUUCAAAA